AUGUCACAACAAUCUUCAUCCGAUGACGAAAUUGACAACAGUGUAACAGGAAUGGUGGAUUGCAAUUUUGAUAUUAACUUUGACAUUUUGUCUACUUGUAUUGAUCUAGAAAUGACGGUAAAUGAUGAAAACUCUGAAAUUGUACUGAACCCAGAACCAGCCCCGUCUCAAGCCCCUGUGCCCCUUCCUGUGUACGAUGAAAAUUCUCAUGUGCCUAGACCCGUACGAUUAGUUGAAAUUCCGGAUGAAUACGAUGCAACAUUAAUGGAAAUAGUACAAGAGAUAGAGAGAAAUGAAAAUGAGCUACAAAGUGUAGAAACGACAAAAUCCGUCCGUCCCCCCACUCAGUCUGCGUCUGUCGUGCCACGACCCCCCUCCCCAUCCCAGAAGGCUGAUCCGGUAGUACAUGAUCCCGUUGAACAAAGUAAACAAUUUGUUGAGUUAAACAUGGAGGACGUAGAAGCUUUUAUUGAAGGGCAAGCAAAUAAAAACACCAUGAAAAAAACGUUACAAGACGUGAAACUAGUUAAGCAAUUUCUGGCUUUGAAGGGAGAGGAAAGGGAAAUGAAUGAAAUACCCGUAGGAGAAUUGGACAUGUUGUUGGCUAAUUUUUUGUUGUCUGUCCGUAAAAAGGACGGCCAGAAUUACGAACCAAGUAGUUUGAGGGGAAUAAUUUCAAGCGUUGACCGGAAACUUUGUAGACAAAAAUAUGGUCACAAAAUAAUGAACGGUGAUGCAAACGAGUUCGCGUUGACAAGAGAUGCCCUCAAGGCAAAACAAAAAGUGCUGAAAAAGGAAGAAAAGGGGAACAGGGCAAAAAAAUCGGAACCGAUCACCGACACGGAAAUACAAAUUCUUUAUGAAAAAAAACUACUUGGACCAUCUACUCCCGAAUCGCUUCUCAAUACAGUCUGGUUAAACAAUUCGUUACAUUUCGGCCUGAGGGGAGUGCAGGAACACUAUAACUUGAAAUGGGGGGACGUGCAAUUGAAAUCUGUCUCAGAUGGUACAGAAUACCUCGAACUUAACGAAAGACAAACUAAAACUCGCACUGGAGAGAAUUUGUGUGACGUCAGACAGGUAUCGCCUAAAAUGUUCGCUACUAACGACACAGAUUGUGACCCCAUCAACAUCUAUAAACGCUAUGCAGCGCAUCGGCCCAUGGACUACAGCAAUAGUGAUGACCCCUUCUACAUAAGUACAAGGACAAUUCCACUAAGCAACACAAAGAGUGACAAAUGGUUUAUCAAACAACGAAUCGGAGAAAAAAAACUUGGAUCCCUGAUGAAAACAAUGGCACAAAAAGGAAACUUGGACAAGGACAAAAAACUUACUAAUCAUAGCGCGAGGAAACACCUGGUUCAGAAACUACGUGAUGCCAAUGUACCCCCAACCGAUAUUAUGCAAAUUAGUGGACAUAAAAACGUACAGUCAAUUAUCAAUUAUAGUUCCAUUUCCGAAACACAACAAAGAAGUUACUCAAACAUGUUAGCCACUCACCGUGAAACAGGAAAUCCCGUUAAUUUAAAUCCGUCCAGCGAAAUGAAUUUUACACAUGUUCCAUCCGUGCACAAUGCCAGCAGCACUAGCUCUAUUACACAGGCGAAUUCUCAAUUAAACUCCAUAUUUUAUGGUGCAACACUUCAUAUCAACAACCUGAAUAUCUAUACCAGUAAUCCAAUGUAA